ACAGUGUGUUGAUGGGAGGUUGAGCACAGGGAUGUGAGCGGACCGGUAAAGAUGACCCUGCUGGCGGGUGAUGGCUCUGACUAUGACUACAGUGCCCUGAGCUGUGCCUCUGAUAACUCCCUCAACCCUCCCAUCCCACAAGAGAAGGAGGCUCACAAGGGAGCCUUCUAUAAAAGGGCGCAGCCUGCCCCUGAUCUCAGCACCAUCCACGAUAACACACUCCUGUCCAGUGCCCGUAAACUCCACGCCAUUAUCAACGUGGGUGGCCUGCGUUACCAGCUGCCUUGGACCACCUUAGAGGACUUCCCCUUGUCACGUCUGGGCCAGCUGCACCUCUGCAGCAGCUUCGACGAGAUUAUGCGCAUCUGUGAUGACUAUGAUGUCACACACAACGAGUUCUUCUUUGACCGCAGCCCCUGUGCCUUCCGUAACAUCCUGACCUUUCUGCGGGCGGGCAAACUGCGGUCCCUCAGGGAGAUGUGCGCCCUCUCCUUCAGAGAGGAGCUGCUGUACUGGGGGGUUCCAGAGGAGAGCCUGGAGUGGUGCUGUCGCAGGCGUCUGCUGCAGCGCAUGGAGGAGUUUGAAGCCAUGGAGAGAGCAGAGGAGGAGGAAGAACUCCUGGAGGAUCUGCUGGAUUCAGACAGCGACCACAGGGGACGCGCGGCUGAAUCUAGACUCAGUCGGUGCAUGGCUAAGCUGAGGGACAUGGUGGAGAGGCCUCACUCUGGCCUCCCAGGGAAGAUCUUUGCUUGUUUGUCCGUGCUGUUUGUCACCAUCACUGCCAUCAACUUAUCCAUCAGCACCAUGCCGGCCAUGAGGGAGGAGGAGGAGUUGGGGACCUGUUCCCAGAUGUGCUAUAAUAUCUUCAUUGUGGAGACUGUGUGUGUAGCCUGGUUCUCCCUGGAGUUCACCCUGCGCUUCAUCCAAGAUCGCAGCAAGCUGACCUUCCUCAGACAGCCCCUGAACCUGAUUGACGUGGUAGCAAUCCUGCCGUACUACAUUACACUAGUGGUGGACAGCACUUCCAAAGGAGAGAAGAGGCUGGGCUCAGGCAACACCUACUUGGACAAAGUGGGCUUGGUGCUGCGUGUGCUGAGGGCCCUGCGUAUCCUCUACGUGAUGCGGUUAGCUCGCCAUUCCCUGGGCCUGCAAACUCUAGGCCUGACAGCACGCCGCUGCACACGGGAGUUUGGACUGCUACUCCUUUUCCUGUGUGUGGCGAUCGCACUAUACUCCCCCCUGCUGUACUUGAUUGAGAAUGAAAUGGCCACCACACAGGAAUUCACAAGCAUCCCUGCUACCUACUGGUGGGCUGUCAUCACCAUGACAACAGUGGGCUAUGGGGAUAUGGUGCCAAGGAGCAUCCCGGGUCAGGUGGUGGCUCUGAGCAGCAUCCUAAGUGGCAUCCUCCUCAUGGCCUUUCCCGUCACCUCCAUCUUCCACACAUUCUCACGCUCCUACGUGGAGCUGAAGCAGGAGCAGCAGAGGCUCCUGCAGAGGAGGACACACUUUCUACUGCGGAGCCGCAUGGCCGGGCUAGGCAGCAACCUGUCCUUAGAGAGCGACAUGCUCUUUCCUAUUGGGUCGUCUGACACGAGAGAAAUGGAUGACUGAGACUGCAGGACAACUGAGGACAUGAGAGAGUGGGUCUAAAAUAGAAACCAAGGAUGAAGGAGGUAACGCAUGGGAUUGAAUGUGUAACUAAGACAGGAAGAGAGGCUGACGUUCGAUGGAUUGGCUGAUUGAAAGGAGCGUCAAAAAGUGAGACACAGAAGAGACAGAGAUUAUUUUUUCUUCCCAAAAAUGCAGCUUGAUUUGUAGCAGUGUACACUUAAAGAAAACGACGAAGAGAUGAGAGAGAAAAUAAGAACAGCAAAAAAAGGAUCUCUUUAUUAAACGCAUAUAAGAGCAAACAUAAGUCCAGCUGACAAAAAAAGAUUAAAAUACGCAUAAACCUCGAGCUUACCAGUGACCUGUAGUGUUAAAACAGUCAUAUUCUGAAACGUGUUUAUGAACAGAAGACACGGCUGAAGAGCACAGUCACGGCUUCACAUCAUUCAACAACAUUGUGAUGUUUUUUUUAAUCUCUGGUUUCAGUGGAUUUGCUGAUGUUGUGUGCUCUCGGGACAGUGCCAGUUAACUGAAGAUGCUGUUUGCUUUUGUUAAGUCCCAAAGAUAUAAACUCCUUCCCAACUAAAAUGUGACUCUUGAUCAACUCAUUAUUUUCUAACUGCUUUGAAAACAUUGAAACUUAUGUUGGGGUUCCUUAAUAAUACUGUGGCACAGCCAGCAUCUACACAUUACUUAUGAUGUCCUAACUGUCCUUCUUCUACACUUUGGGGUUCAUAUGCAAUUUUUGAACACGUUCUGGAAACAGCAUUAUUGUGCUUGUAGUUACUGCAUUUGCUGUGCAUAGCUGUUUAUAAACUAUA